AUGAUGGGAGAUUGUAACGGGCAAGAUAAAAGAGACUUUACGUCAUCCGAACUUGGAACGAAGGAAUAUUGGGAUGAAGUAUACAAACUCGAACUUGAGAAUUACAAUGAAAGUAAAGACAUUGGAGAAAUUUGGUUUGGAGAAAAUUGUCAAGCGUCAGUGAUCCGGUGGAUUAAAAACUGUGAGAAGAUAAAAAAAGACAGUGCUAUUGUGGAUUUAGGCUGUGGAAAUGGAGCAUUAUUAAUAGAAUUGGCAAGGCAAGGCUUUUCUUGUCUCACUGGUUUUGAUUAUUCAGAAAAUGCGAUAACAUUUGCUAAAACCAUUUCAGCUGAAGAAAACUUUAAUAAUAUCAUUUUUGAGGUUGGAGAUAUUUUAAAUGAAGAAUCUUGUUUGGCAUUCAACCAGAAAUAUCAAGUAUGUCAUGACAAGGGAACAUAUGAUGCCAUUAGCUUGAUGUCUGAUAAUUUUAAACCGUUGCAAAUGUCAUACAUUAAAGUUGUAAAAAAGAUCCUAAAUGAGGGAGGAUUUUUUAUUAUUACUUCUUGCAACUGGACUAAAGAUCAGCUUUUAGAACAAUUUUCAAAUGAUUUUCAUUUUAAUGAAGUCAUUCCAACAUCAACAUUCCAGUUUGGAGGUUCAACAGGAAGCAAGUAUACUACUUUGGUUUUAAUAAAAUAA